CUCCUUCUUCUCCAACCUUAUUAAACUAAAAGAUUAAAUCCACCGUAUGUAUGUGUAAAUAAAAGAGCGUUUCCACGACUUUUAAAAAAAACUAAGAAGGGCAGGUCGUAACAAGGUGGUCGAAGGGAAACUUUUAGUUGGAUCCAAUCAAUCUUUAAAGUGGUGUGAGCCAGGGGCGGAGCCAGAAGGGGACAUGUGGGGACACUUGUCUCCCAUUUUAAAAAUAAAAAAAAUUUUAAAAAAAAAGAAAAAAUACAAAAGAAGCGUUGGAUGCCUAAAACGAAGAAAAGAAACAGAUGAAACCCAAGAAAAGAAACCUAGAAAAGAAAAAACCUCCCGAUUCCCGAUUCCCGAUUCCCGAUUCCCGGUGCUCGUCCAGUAGAUCGACCGUCGGCUUUCCGUUCUUCACUGCCUCAGUCACCGUCCUCACCACAGUCGCCAGCCUCACCGUCGCUGCCUCAGCCCUCAGCCCUCGGUCAUCGUUUGUUCUUUGCUUAAUCGCUUUUCGUUCGACCGUUCUUCGCUCAGUUCGCUGCCUCAAUCCAUCAAUGGUAUCAAGGAUGUCCGAUUCGGGCUCGUACUGGUAAUUUGGUGUGUGAUGUUUGAAGUUUGGCGGCGUCUGAUAUUUUAGACUUGCAGAUGAGUGUUGCAAUUGAUUCUCCUGUGAAUUCAUCAAGUAGUGAUGACUUUUUGGCAAUUCUUGAUGCUGAGUUAGACUCUGCCUCCUCUGAUCAAUCCCCAGACCUAGACAUUGAUGCUAAUGAAGAUAAUGACGUCGAGAUAGAAAGGAUUAAAAGGCGCAAAGUGUCGGAAAUCGUAAAUGGAGAGGAGGUGCAAAGUUCAAGUUCCUAUGUGGUGGCUGAAGUAGAGAUAGAUGAAGAUGUAAAAGAUUCAUGUCCACAUCCGGGUUUCCUGAGAGAUAUGUGCAUUUGUUGUGGAAAGAGAAUGGAGGACAGUACUGGUGUUGCAUUCGGAUACAUUCACAAGGACUUGAGACUUGGUAGUGAUGAGAUCUCACGGUUACGCAACGCUGAUGUGAGGGCUUUGCUUCGCCGUAAGAAACUGUAUUUAGUACUUGAUUUGGAUCACACAUUGCUGAAUUCAACUCGAUUAGAAGAUAUAAACGCAGAAGAGGAGUAUUUAAAGGGUCAGACAGACUCCUUUCAAGAUAUCUCAAAGGGCAGUUUAUUUCGGCUCGAUAUGAUGCGCAUGAUGACGAAGCUAAGACCAUUUGUUCGUACUUUUCUGCAAGAAGCAAGUAACUUGUUUGAAAUGUACAUUUAUACCAUGGGUGAGCGCCCUUAUGCGAUAGAAAUGGCAAAGCUUCUUGAUCCUGGGAGUGUAUAUUUUAAUUCAAGAGUUAUUUCUCAAGCUGAUUGCACUCAAAGGCAUCAAAAGGGUUUGGAUGUGGUAUUAGGUCAAGAGAGUGCUGUUUUGAUACUUGAUGAUACAGAAGCUGUUUGGCAAAAGCACAAGGAGAAUUUGAUUUUGAUGGAAAGAUAUCACUACUUCUCCUCUAGCUGUCGCCAAUUUGGCUUUAAUUGUAAGUCGUUAUCAGAGUUGAAAGGUGAUGAGAAUGAGGCAAAUGGAGCACUUGCAACUGUUCUAGGAGUCAUGAAAAGCAUUCAUGAAAAAUUCUUUGAUCCUGAACAUGGAGAUGACUUUGCUGGAAGGGAUGUGAGACAGGUUUUGAAACAAAUACGGAAGGAGGUCCUCAAAGAUUGUAAGAUAGUAUUCAGUAGAGUUUUUUCAACAAAAUACCAAGCUGCAAACCACCAUCUGUGGAAGAUGGCUGAACAGUUAGGAGCAAAGUGCUCCAUUGAAGUUGAUUCCUCCGUUACACAUGUUGUGUCAACUGAUGCUGGUACAGAUAAGUCGCGUUGGGCACUUCAGCAUGGCAAAUUUUUAGUCCAUCCAAGGUGGCUUGAAGCUGCAAACUAUAUGUGGAAUAGAAAAUCAGAAGAUGAGUUUCCGGUUAGUCGAACAAAGAGCAAAUGACUUUUGUAGCUGUGUUUGUAGGACUUGAGGUAUGGUGUACAUGUAAUAGGUUUGCUGGCUGACAUAGGAUUUCCUACCUCUUUUUAAUUUUGUUGGGAGAUGUGUAGGAAUCAUCCAUACAGUGAUACGGGUAUUUAUGAAUAUACAUUGACAAAUUAGGAUUUACUUAUCGGUGAAAAGCCCCGAUCGUUGUUUUGGUGUGCU